AUGGCGCUCGUCUGUUACUGCGACCACACCUAUGUCUUAUUCCGAGAGAAGACCUUCGAGGAGGCUGCGCGGCUGGCUGAGGUGGAAGCAUCCCUCAUUGUCAGCCGCAUAGAGUGGUUUGGGCUUCGGGUACGCCUAAGCAAGCCCGAAACUCUACUCUUCCGCGGACCCGGGAGGAGAGGUCCCCCACCCGGAGCACGACUCCUUAUCGGAGAGAUGGAGGUCAGGAUGAGUCCGACGCUUAAAUGUCUUGGACUCAUCCUGGACGGGAGGUGGACCCUCGGCCCACAUUUCCAACAGUUGGGACCGAAGGUCGUGAGGGCGGCGUCAGCGCUGGAUCGGCCUCUGCCUAAUAUAGGAGGGCCCAGCAAAGCCUUCAAGCGGCUAUACUUCAGAGUCUGUCGGAGUAUAGCCCUGUACGGUGCCCCAAUUUGGGAAGAUUCCCUCACCGCUCUUAAGAAUAUAUGA